AUGGUGACGCAAGGCUCACGAGCCAAACAUGUUAAGCGCCUGCAACAUGGCACAAAAACCACGAAAAAUCACAGAUUCGAACCCUUCUCAGCGCGGAUCGCAAAGCUCAAAAUCGAUCCGAUCCACCGCGUGCGCCGCGCAAGCUUUGGCGAAGAUGAAGGUGCUACAACAUCAUAUUUCCGGUCAGCCUUAGAUCAUUGGGUGGAUAUGAACCUUUCGGACAACUUUACCCAGUUUACUCGUCGUGUCAACUCCCUCUCUGAGAGUCUCGGGCAGAUUCUGUACCAUGAAGAGAAGAUUAUGGGCCUGUUGGUUGAAUUUAUCGAAAAGAGGGACGAACACUCAUUGGAACCGUUGCUCAGUUUGCUAGCACAGUUCGCGAGAGAUUUGGGGGUCCGCUUUGAGAAGCAUUUUGCGGCCUCAGUGACGCUGGUGGCGUCGGUUGCUGCGACACACGCCGACGUUGAGGUCGUCGAAUGGAGCUUCACAUGUCUGGCGUGGAUAUUCAAGUUUUUGUCCCGUCUAUUAGUGCCUGAUCUGCGCCAGCUUCUUGGUAUUAUGACUCCAUACCUCGGAAAGGAGCGACAGAAGCCUUUUGUGGCUCGAUUUGCGGCCGAGUCCAUGUCGUUCCUUAUCCGCAAAGCAGGUCUUUUCUACUAUAAGAACAAAUCUCCCCUCGAGAACGCCGUGAACUUCCUCUACGAUGACAUCUCGAAGGUGGCCGAAGAGGCCAAGGAUGUCGAGAGCUACAAAGAGGGACUGAUGGUCAUGUUCUCGGACGCUAUCAAGGGUAUCAACUACGGGCUUCAUUCAAAUGGAGUAGAUAUUCUCCGCUGUGUACUUGACAGACUCCCUCCAACCAGCGAGGAGAAAAAAGCACCAGCAGAGGUUGCCUCUGGCCUGGUGACCAAUCUCAAUCAUCACACGACACCCCAAAACUUCGGACCUGUCCUUGAUACCGUCAGGGAAUAUAUUGAAUCUCGCUCGCAAGGGUCCGAAAACCCCAAUAUUCCGGAAUGUGUUCGUUUGCUUUUCAAUUGUGUAGCAACUCGAAAAGGUGUUAGGAUUGUGGACUGGAAGUCUGUGCAUCAAACCCUUAUAUUGCUUCUUCAACAAGUGUCAUCAAGCCCUGACAAGUACCCACAAUCGACAUGUUUGCUUCUUACUACCGUCGCUUAUUCCCUCCAGCUGUCGCCCAUGGAUGAAAUGCUUCCUUAUAUGCGAUCCCUCAUGGAUCUUGUAUCAACCGGGCCACUCUCGAAGUAUUUCUUGUUCUUUUGCAACACAUUCUCGGAAUGGGGAUCGGAGCGUUUCCACAGCCUCAUACUUCCUUACUUCCAGAAGUUCAUUUCUUCUUCUUGGCAGGAUCGUGAGUGGGAGACUUGUUUGACGCUCCUCAGACUGAACCAAACUGGAUGUCUUACCAGCGAGGCCUCAAAGACUGGCCAUAUUUCCUGCCCGGAUUCCUUGAAGAUUCAUAUAGCAAAGUCUUUGAAGUAUCCUACAAAGGAUGCGGUUGGAUUGAAUGCCUUAAUGAAGCUUCCGAAGGCAACCUCAUUAUCCACAGAUUCCGCAGCUCUCUCCAAAGUUGUGAAGAAGCUGCACUCUAACAUUGUAUCUGCGUUGCGGGAUGCUGGGUCAGAAACUAAGGCUGACACAGAAGGUCUCAUAUUCUAUCUUGGACAAGGGUUCAAGACUUAUGUCGACAUGGCAACUCAGGCUGGCAACCUGGAUAUGUCGCUCUGGCAACCAAUUCUCACAGCCUCAACAAAGUUCUCCCAGCUGCCUCUCUUCCUAGAGGCCGUCCUUGCUUUUAUCUCCGCCACCACAGAUUCGAUCAAUUUUGAAAACUUCCCGGUCGAUGAUUUUGUUCACAACCUGACGCUCAACUUGGCUAGUCCAUCCUCAAGGUUAAGGCUAGUAUCUCUUCGAAUAUUGCGAGAACUAGUUGUUCGCAUUUCGAAAGAUGAUACUGAACCUGUCGAUUUGGCUAUUGAGAUAGAGGAGAGUCCAUUGACUCUCCAGAGUGCGAGAACCCUUUCGAUGCAUGUUAGAAAACUGGCAAUCGUCUACCCUCAGAUUGCUUCCCGCAGAUGGAUGGCAGCUUUUGUUCCAUACUUUUGCUUCGGUCUAUUUUCGAAGAAACUCACUCAGCUAUGGGAUGAUUCUGCUGCUGCUUUGAAGAUCAUUAGUGAGCACCCCGAGGGUGAAAAGAUUGUCUCUGAUUUUACUGUUCAAUGGCUGCAAGAGCGGACUUCUGGUAGCGAAGAUGCUGCAGAUGAUGAAAAGGAAGAGUUUUCUGCUGGUGACUUCACAUGUUUCAAUGCCGCCAGAAUAGAGAGUACCUCUGCUGCCAAUUUGAAGACAACCGAGGACCCGAGUGUUGCUUUGUCGCAACAGUUCGACCAGGAGCAUAACCGCGCCGAUCUCGUCCCUGCUACUCCUCGUAGCCAUGCUCUCAUUAUACUUAACGCCAUACCCAAGAUUGCCGAGAAACACUCGCGUCAGAUUGUUCCUUUGUUUUUGUCUUGGGCACUGAAGGACGAUCAGGAAGAUUCUGAAGAGACUGAUGCCUCAAAUCCAUGGGGCUUCCGUGACCGUUUGGCCAUGCUUGGCUUAUUUGGACAAUUCGUGAACCCCAAGGUCCUCUUCAAGGCCCCCGAAGUCCACGAAGCGGUUCUUGAUCUUUUGUGCCACGGUAACUCAGAAAUUCAAAAAGCGGCCCUGAAAGCUCUCUUCACAUGGAAAAAUCCCCAUGUUUUGCCUUAUCAAGAGAAUCUCCUUAAUAUUUUGGAUGAAUCUAGAUUCAAGGAUGAGUUGCAGGUCUUCGUGCGCGUUGGCGAUGAAGACAGUUUGAUUGAGAAGGAGCAUCGACCGGUCUUGAUGCCUGUGCUUCUUCGGCUGCUGUACGGUCGCAUGAUUUCGAAGGCAUCGAGCUCGAAUCAAGCUGGUCAAUCUGGUAGACGAAAGACUAUUCUGCGCACUCUUUCUCUUUUGUCAGAUGAAGACUUUGGCCUCUUUAUGAGCCUCGCAUAUGGUCCAGUGGGAGGAGCAUUUGUGGUGAAAGACAAUGAAACAAACCAAGAAGCCUUUUCGGAGGAAUUGACUAGCCCGAGAAGACAACUUGGCUUGCUCAAAAUGAUAGAAACGGUUUUCGACACCCUUCAAAGUCGCAUGACUGCUUAUACAGUACAGUCAAUGAAUGUCAUUAUCUACUGUCUGGUUCGAGCUUGCAGAGCGAUUUAUGACGAGAAGAGCCCACUUUAUGUUGACCGUGCAGAUGAACGUCAGCUGGGCGUUCUCCAAAGUGUCCGUCAGCAAUGUAUACGCUGUCUGAUUCUGGUUUUUUCUGUCUCAACGGACAGGGAUUGGACACCAUAUGUCCGGAUUAUCUUCAAUGACUUGAUUGACGGUAGACUUGAUCAAUUCCCCAUCGAGACUGCUCAGGGUGUUUCAGGUCUCCUGAGACUCUUCCACACUUGGGCUUCUGCCCCGAGAUCCACCUACUACCUCGUGCAGCACAAUAAAGAGGUCUUGUCAAAAAUCGUUGACUGCGUCAGUGUUGAGUCUGCGCGUGAUGAGGUCAAGAUAUUUGUCUUGGAUGAGAUUAUUGUGCCGUUGGUCAGCUUGGCUAGCGGUAAAAAGCUGAAAGAAGAUGGAGAAAUGACCGAUUUCUCCGCAGAGGAGAUUCGUUCCGAAGUUCUUUCUCCAUACUUAGAGCACGCAAUGUCCCAUCUCGGUCGUCUUCUGAAGCGAGGUCCUUCAAAGCCUGUCCUCUUUUCUGGAGUCACCGCUUUGUCCUUGAUCGCACCUUGUGUCGAGUCUUCUGGUGAAACUUCAAGUCUGAUCAGUACCGCGACAUAUCUUCUUCGACAGCCUCCAGACCGUGUCAACCCGAAGACCAAAUCUGGUCUCCUGAAAAUUCUUGAGCACUUUCUACCUCUGUAUAAUCCCAAGGAAAACGUCGAGCUUGCUCAACAAGUCUAUGAGGCCGUGUCUUCACUGUUCGAUUAUUUCAAGGAUGACACGAACAGAGAAGUGUUGUCACGGGUAUUUGUGGCUCUUGCUGCCCAUGAUAAGCAGCUUGUUGAGGUUGCUGAUCUGUGUGCUGACCUCAACUCUCGCUCGACAAGAAGACUCGAGCCUGAUUACGAGCGUCGUCUGCAAGCUUUCAGAAAGGUCAGCGAAGAUCUAUCUCAAACCCUUAGUGCAAGGCAAUGGCGUCCCCUUCUUUACAAUAUGCUUUUCUACGUCAAGGACGAGGAGGAGCUUGCUGUUCGAUCAAGCGCGUCUUUUGGCCUGAAGCGCUUCAUUGACAAAGCCGCUGCUGAGACAGGUGCCGAAGACUUUGAAGCACUGGUGAACGAUGUACUGCUCCCUUCGCUGCAAUAUGGGUUCCGCCAGAAGUCUGAGUUGAUCCGUCAAGAAAUCGUUUCUUCUCUGGGUUACUUUGUCAAGCUGAAUCCGACAAGACCAUCUGUGCAGGAUAUGCAUGUCCUUCUUGUUGGAGAUGAUGAGGAGGCAUCUUUUUUCACCAAUAUUCUUCACAUUCAGCAGCAUCGACGACUGCGAGCUCUGCGACGCCUGGCCUCUGAGGCUGGCAAAGGCAGUCUUGCAUCUGAGAACUUAAGCAAAUUCUUCUUGCCUCUCAUUGAGCAUUUCGCGUUUGAGGAGGCCGAGGAUGAGAGCGGCCACAACUUGAUUGCCGAAGCCCUUGCUUGUAUUGGAUCUCUCGCUGAAUGGCUGGAUUGGAACCACUUCCGAGCCAACUUCAGGAGGUAUCGCAGUUACAUGCAGAGCAAACCUGAGAUGGAAAAGAACAUUCUCAGACUGCUCGGUCGAAUGUCCGAUGCGCUAUCUAUCGCCGUGGAUCAAAAGAAGAAAGCACUUGACCAGGUCAAUGAUGACGUUGAGAAGGAUGCUGACAAUAUGGAGAUUUCUGAGCCAUCUAAGUGUGCUCUUUCUAAGACUUCGCCUUCUCUAGCAAAGAUCUCGACAGAGCUGAUCGCCAACUUCAUUCCAUUCUUAACUGAAUUUAUUCACCACAAGCAAGAAAAGGAGAUGAGUUUGCGUCUGCCUGCUGCUGUCACCGUGAUCAAGCUCCUCAAGCUCAUUCCAGAAGAGGAUAUGGUUAUUCGUUUACCACCUGUUCUACUCGACGUUUGCACUACUCUGAAGAGCAAAGCACAAGAUUCAAGAGAUACGGCACGGAAGACACUGAAUGACAUUGCUAUUUUGCUUGGCCCUGUCUACUUUGGCUACAUCCUGAAGGAGUUAAGGAACACUCUUCUUCGAGGAUACCAGCUGCACGUGCUCUCUUUCACUGUUCACUCCAUGCUCGUGUUUACUACGGAUCAUUUCAAGCAGGGUGACCUUGAUUAUUGCAUGGCAGAUCUUGCUGCAGUUGUCAUGGAUGACAUCUUUGGCACCGUCGGCCAAGAAAAGGAUGCCGAGGACUACGUUAGCAAGAUGAAGGAAGUCAAGAGCAGCAAGAGCUAUGAUUCAAUGGAGCUUCUUGCAAAGAACGCCACUAUCGGCUUCCUUUCAAACCUUGUCCGCCCUCUGCAGGCACUCCUCCGCGAGAAGCUAAACUCCAACAUUGUCAAGAAGCUGGAUGAGCUCAUGAGAAGAAUUGGAAUCGGUCUUCUGCGCAACCCUGCUGCCGAAAGCCGUGAAUUGUUAGUUUUCUGCUACGAAGUCAUAAGGGCGUCCUACCAGGAUAAGGAGAUGAGUGAAAAGAAGGCUGCUCCAAAAUCUGAGCGUGAGGAGCGGUUCUUGGUCAAGUUGCAAGGUGCUAAACGUGGCGAUAAGCGCGGCACAACAGCUUCUCAUAUCUACAAGCUGACUCGAUUUUCGCUCGAUAUCCUUCGUGCGAUCCUUAACAAGUUUGGUUCGCUCGCAACACCUGAAAACCUGGCUGGGUUCCUACCAGUCAUCGGUGACGCACUAGUUCAGGCACAGGAGGAGGUUAAGAUUGCUGCUUUCAAGCUGUUGUCCACGAUCAUUAAACUCCCGUUGCCCCAACUUGACGAGAAUUCGCACGUCUACAUCACCGAGGCCGUCAAGAUGAUCAAGGAAUCCCCAAGCACCAACACCGAUGCAUCUCAAGCGUCGCUCAAAUUGAUUUCUGCCAUUAUCCGCGAAAGAAAGAGCACAAAGCUUCGUGAUGGACAUCUUGCAUACUUGCUGCAUCGCUUGACAGGAGACAUUGAAGAGCCAGACCGACAGGGAAUUACCUUCAAUUUCAUUCGUGCGGUCAUGUCCCGAAAGUUCGUUGUAACAGAGAUGUAUGAGCUCAUGGACAAUGUCGCAACCAUGAUGGUUACAAAUCAGACUCGUUCUGCUAGAGAUCUGGCUCGUGGCACCUAUAUUCAUUUCCUGAUUGAAUAUCCACAAGCCAAGAGCAGAUGGACGAAGCAACUUGGUUUCCUUGCUAAGAACUUGGACUACAAGCACCAGGAAGGACGACAAUCUGUUUUGGAAGCCGUUCACAUGCUACUGUCCAAAACAGGCCCUGAACUGGCACAAGACAUUAUCAGCACCUUUUUCUUGCCUGUUGUUCUUGCCAUGGCCAACGAUGAUUCUCCAGAAUGUCGGGAAAUGGCAGGUACAUUGCUGGGCCAGUUCUACAGCCGUGCUGAUAGGGAACAGAUGAAGACCAUUCUCACUCCCAUUCGCUCGUGGUUGGAGCAGACAGACAACAUGGCGAUUGGUAGCAUUGGACUGCAGGCCAUGCGGAUCUACUUCGAGGCGGAAGAAACAGAGAAGGAGAAGGAGGGUCGUUAUGUCGUCGGUAUACUACCAGGUUUGAUGCAGCCUAUCCUGGAAGAUCACGAGAACGGGAACUGGGAAACCCUUUACUUUGCCUUGCAGCUAUUCACCAAGCUCUGCAAGACAAACCCUUCGCUCGCAUUGAGUACCCACUGCUCAUCUAUCUGGAUUGCGAUUCAAGAAUCCCUCUUCUUCCCCCACGCAUGGGUCAAGACCUGCGGCUCAAACCUCGUUGGGAUGUGGUUUGCCGACGUUGCGAAGACACAUGCUGCCGAGGGCUACAGCGCCCUUCCCCUUACAAGCAGCUCGGGUCUUGCGCUGAAUGGAGAGGCGAUGAUCCAGCUGCUGCGAGCCGGUCUCCGCUGCCUACGCACCCCCGGAAUAACUGAGGAGCUGGCAAUGCAAAGUGUUCGCAACACUGUCUUCCUUGGCCGGUGCUGUGCACAAAAUGGUCUGGAGCUCCAGAAAUCAGGAGCAGAAGAAGCUGAUUCCGAGGGUGAAGAUGAGGACGCAGGCAGUGAAGAUGAGGAGAACGCCACUGAUAAGAAGCCUCUGAAGUCUGCCAUCAGCUACAUUUUCAAGCAGAUAUCUACUCUUUUGCGUCGCGAGGUCUUCUCGACUCGGGCUCAAGCCCUCAUUCCUAAGACUGCCGCUAUUGGUCUCCUCGCUGCACUUGUUCGCCACCUUGAAGCUGAGCAAAUUCGCCCGUCCCUCCCGGUCAUCUUGCUCCCGCUUCAGCAUCUGACUGACCCAUCCAUCCCGGCACCUCAUUCAUCAGACGAGACCUUCCAGAACACCUACAAGGCUCUUGUUUCCAACUGUCAUGAAGUCCUAGAUUCUCUUCAGAAGAAACUCGGUCCCACAGAGUACAUUGCCCAGAUGGCCAAGGUCCAAGAGAACAUUAAGAAACGCCGUGAGGGCAGACGUGUUAAGCGUCGCCUGGACGCUGUUACCGAACCUGAGCGAUUCGAGCGUGACAAGAGACGUAGAAAUGACAAGAAGAAGGAGAAGCGCAAGGAAAGAGGCCUUGAGCACCGUGGAAAGAGACGUGGUUGGUAG